AUAUUUUCUUACUUCUUCCCAUGAAAGGACAAAGAAUACUCGUGCCUAAGCCACACUCUCUCCUUCCCUGGCCCGCUUAACAUUUCCACUUGACUGGGAUUCCUAAUACACCUCUAGAGAAUGACCACCCAAGGGAUGGCCUCAGAAGAGCGGAUUUCCCAGUUUGAUUAUGAUUUGCUCCCACAAUUGUCUGCUCUUUUGGGCCUCGAUGCAGUAGAAUUUGCAAAACAGAUGGAAGAAGAUGAGCAGAAGGACCGAGAACAAAUGCAGAAAGGCUUUAAUUCACAGAUGCGCAGUGAAGUGAAAAGGUUGAAGACUUUCUUAACCUAUAAGCCGUUCAGCUCGUGGACACCACAGGAGAUGGCAGCAGCUGGGUUUUAUUUCACCGGGGUAAAAUCUGGGGUUCAGUGCUUCUGCUGUAGCUUAAUCCUCUUUGGUACCAGCCUCAGCAGACUCCCCAUUGAAGACCACAAGAAGUUCCGCCCAGAUUGUGAGUUCCUCUCGAGCAAAGAUGUUGGGAACAUUGCCAAGUAUGAUGUAAAGGUGAAGCACCCGGAGCACACGUUCAGACGGGACCAAGGAAGCUACCAAGAAGAGAAGGCCAGACUUGACUCCUUCAAGAACUGGCCAUUCUAUGCCCAAGGGACAUCCCCACAAGCACUGUCAGCUGCUGGCUUUAUCUUUACAGGUAAAAGGGAUACAGUGCAGUGUUUUUCCUGUGGUGGAUGUUUAGGAAAUUGGGAAGAAGGAGAUGAUCCAUGGAAGGAACAUGCCAAGUGGUUCCCCAGGUGUGAAUUUCUUCAAAGUAAAAAAUCUUCAGAAGAAAUUGCCCAGUAUGUUCAAAGUUACAAAGGAUUUGUUGAUGUAACGGGAGAACAUUUUGUGAAUUCCUGGGUGAAGACAGAAUUACCAGUGGCAUCAGCUGAUUGCUAUGACAGCAUCUUUGCUAAUGAAGAUCUACGUCUGGGAUCUUUUAAGAACUGGCCCCACGAAUCACUUGUGGGACCUGCAGCUUUGGCCAAAGCAGGUCUUUUCUAUACAGGCGUAAAGGACAUUGUCCAGUGUUUCUCCUGUAGCGGACGUUUGGAGAACUGGAAGGAAGGUGAUGACCCCUUAGAAGAUCACACCAAGUUUUUUCCCAAUUGUCAAUUUCUCCAAAAUAUGAAGUCCUCUGCAGAAGUAAUUCCAGACUUUCAGAGCCAUGGUGAACUUGCUGAAUUAACGGAAACUACCAGUGAAAACAAUCUUGAAGAUUCAGUAGCAGUUAGUUCUGUAAUGCCAGAAAUGCCCCAAUGGUUUCAAGAGGCAAAGAGCCUGAGUGAGCAACUGAGAACGGUCUACACCAGCGCCAGUUUUCGCUACAUGUCUUUGCUCGAAAUCUCUCCCAGUCUAGCCACCAACCACUUGCUGGACUGUGAUCUCUCCAUUACUUCCAAGCACAUCAGCAAACCUGUGCAAGAGCCUGUGGUGUUACCUGAGAUCUUUGGCAACUUGAACUCUGUCAUGUGUGUGGAGGGUGAAGCUGGUAGUGGGAAGACCAUGCUCCUGAAGAAAAUAGCAUUUCUGUGGGCAUCAGGAUGCUGUCCCGUGUUAAACAGGUUCCAGCUGGUCUUCUACCUCUCCCUUAGUUCUACCAGACUGGACCAGGGGCUGGCCAACAUCAUUUGUGACCAGCUCCUAGAGACACCAGGAUCUAUCACUGAAAUGUCUCUGAGGACCACCCUCCAGAAGUUAAAGAAUCAGGUGUUAUUUCUCUUGGAUGACUACAGAGAAAUGUGCUCAGUCCCCCAAGUCAUAGAAAAACUGAUUCAAAAAAACCACUCAUCACGUACCUGCUUAUUGAUUGCUGUCCGUACCAAUAGGGCCAGGGAUAUCCGCCAGUAUUUAGAUACAAUUCUAGAGAUCCAAGCAUUUCCCUUCUAUAAUAUGAUCUAUAUACUACGGAAGCUCUUUUCACAUAAUAUGACCCGUCUGCGAAAGCUUAUGGUUUACUUUGGAAAGAACGAAAAUUUGCAGGGAAUCCACAAAACUCCUCUCUUUGUAGCAGCAGUCUGUGCUAACUGGUUUCUGAAUCCUUUUGACCAGUCCUUUGAUGAUGUGACUACUUUCAAGUCCUAUAUGGAGUGCCUUUUCUUAAAGCACAAAACUACAGCCGAACUUCUCAAAGCAACCAUCUCCUCCUGUGGUGAGCUGGCCUUGAAAGGGGUUUUUUCAUCCUGCCUUGAGUUUCAUGAUGACGACCUCACAGAAGCCGGGGUUGAUGAAGAUGAUGAUCUAACCACAUGCUUGAUGAGCAAAUUCACAGCCCAGAGACUGAGACCAGUCUAUCAGUUUCUAAAUCCUGUAUUCCAGGAGUUUCUUGCGGGGGUGAGGCUGCUUGAACUCCUGGAUUCAGAGAAGCAAGAAGAUCAAGAUUUGGGACUUUUUUAUUUGAAACAAAUUAACUCACCCAUGAUGGCUAUAAGUUCCUAUAGCAAUUUUUUGAACUAUGUCUCCAGCCACCCUUCAGCAAAGGCAGGGCCAAAAAUCAUAUCUCAUUUGCUUAAUUUGGUGAAAAAUAAAGAGUCAUUGGAGAAUGUAUCUGAAAAUGAUGACUACUUGAAACACCAUCCAGAAAUUUUACUGAGGAUGCAGUUAAUCAGAGGAUUAUGGCAGUUAGCCCCAGAAGCUUACUUUUCAUUGGUUUCAGAACAUUUACUGGCUCUUGCCCUUAAAAUUGCUUAUCAAAGCAAUACUGUUACAGCAUGUUCUCCGUUCAUUUCACAAUUUCUUCAAGGAAAAACGCUGAGUUUGGAUGUACUUAAGUCACAGUACUUUUUUGAUCACCCAGAAAGCCUGUUAUUGUUGAGGAGCAUCCAGGUGUCAAUAAAAGGAAAUAAAAGGCCACCCAGAGCAGAUUUAUCGGUCCUGAAAACAUGUUUGGACACAUCACAAGCACCAACCAUAGAUCAGGAAUAUGCUUCUGCCUUUGAAUCUGUGAAUGAAUGGGAGCAAAAUAUAACUGAAAAAGAGGAGAACAUAAAGAGUUUUCUGGAUAUUCAGCGCAUGGCACCCCUGGACAUCAGUUCUGGCUAUUGGAAACUUUCUCCAAAGCAGUACAAGAUUCCCCUUCUGGAAGUCCACGUGAGUGACACGGAUGCUGUAGAGCAGGAGAUGCUCCCAGCUCUGAUGGCCAUAUGCUCAGCUUCACAGCACAUUGAACUCCACCUCAGCUCCAGCAGAGGAGUUAUUGAAAGCAUCCGCCCAGUUCUUGAGCUGUAUAAAGCCUCUGUCAUCAAGUGCCGCAUAGACAGGUUUGAUCUCAGUGCAGCAGAACAACGAUUGCUUCUCACCUUGCCUUCCCUGGAAUCUUUUGAAGUCUUGGGGACAUCCCAAGGUAUCCAAGAAAUAAUUCCUAAUUUGGACAAGUUCUUGUGCUUGAAAGAACUGUCUUUGAAUCUGGAUGACAGUAUAAAUGUUUUUCCAGUCAUUCCUGAAGAAUUCUCAAACCUCCACCAUAUGGAUAAAUUAUCAAUUCAAAUUUCAGCUGGUUGUGAUCCUUCUAAACUUGUGAAAUUGAUUCAGAAUUCUCCAAACCUUCGUGUUUUCCAUCUGAAAUGUUACUUCUUUUCGGAGUUUGAGUUUCUCACAACAGCACUUGCUUCCUGCAAAAAACUGCAAGAAAUAAAGUUUUCUGGGCCAUUUUUUAAACCUUCUCCAUUUGUCACCAUUUUGCCAAGUUUUGUUUCUCUGAAGAUAUUAAAUCUCAAUCAACAACAAUUUCCUGAUAAGGAAACAGCUGAAAAUUUUGCCUACACAUUAGGUUUUCUUCAUAACCUGGAAGAACUGAUCCUUCCUACUGGCGAUGGGAUUUGUCAAGUAGCCAAACUGAUCAUCCAGCAGUGUCAGAAGCUUCAGUGGCUCCGAGUUCUCUCUUUUUCCCAGACAUUGAAUGAUGACAGCGUGAUGGAAAUUGCCAAAGUAGCAAUCAAUGGAGGUUUCCGGAAACUUGCGAACUUAAAUCUUUCAGUCAAUGAUAAGAUUACAGAGGAAGGAUACAGAAAUUUCUUUCAUGCACUGGACAAUCUGCCAUGUUUGCAAGAGUUGAGUAUCUCUAGACAUUUCACGAACUGCAUCAAAGUCCAGCCCUCAACCAUCAAGUCUUUGAGCCAAUGUGUGUCACGGCUGCCGAGCCUCAUCCGACUUCACAUGUACAGUUGGCUCCUGGAUGCAGAAGACAUCGCAUUGCUUGAUGUAAUGAAAGAAAGACAUCCUCAAUCCAAACACUUAAUUAUUUACUGGAAAUGGGUUCUUCCAUUCUCUCCAAUCAUUCAGGAAUAAAAGAUUCAGC